AUGUCUUUCAGAAAGCGGGUAGCUAACGGCAAACCAGCCCAGACCAGCACAGAAGUCGAUCAGGCGUCAAUUCCAACACCCGACCCGCCGUUUAUUCGGUGGAUCAUGGAGCAGCACGCUGCCUCCUUGAUCCGCUGCGAUGCCGACGAAAACGACGAAAGCGACGCCGACGACGAUUGCGACGACUUCGGCAGCGAUUUCGGCGACGGUGGCGAAAGCGACGCCGAAAACGAUGGCGAGUCGGACGACUCGUAUGAUAUCGACGAGUACCUUAGAGGACGAUUCGGAAGGUCGAAUGACCUAACAGAAGACGGGUUUCGAGAUGGAGAAACAGCGUUUGAAGCACCUCAAAGGACGUAUGACGGAGUCACACAAGACGCGGUUCGAGACGGAGAAACGGAUCGUGAGUGGGAAACCGAUGCAGAGGCCGAAGCGGGUUGCGUGGGGGAACGGGGUUUCGGGGUCCCAUGGCAUGAAAUCCAGGCAGGCGAAACGGAAGGGGAGGGAUUAACGGAGCUCGCGACGCGGAAGAUGCGGCAGUGGAGCAACGCGGAGCUGAUGGAGCUCGCAGCGGCUGUCGUUUUCUGCCGGCGCAGCGGGGAAGUCACGCGGCGGAGAGGCAGCAGGGGGAACGCUUACUGGCGGAAGGUGUGGCGCGUGAUCCGGCGGGGAAAUCCCGAAUGGCGCCGCAUUCCGACGGCGAUGUCGCAGCAGUGGAAGCGCAUGAAAUCGCGCUACGACGAGGAGACGCUCGACCCGCGGCGGAAGCGGCGGCGGCGGCGGCGGGGGACGGAGCUGUGCCCCGCAAAUGGGACGACGGACGCGGAGCAGCUGGCGGGGGGCGCGGAGCAGCGGGCAGGGGGCGCGGAGCAGCGGGCAGGGGGCGCGGAGCACCUGGCGGGGGGCGCGGAGCAGAGAGGUGGCGCGGGAGAGCAGCGGGCAGGGGGCGCGGGGGAACAGCAGGCGGGGAGCGCGGAGCAGCAGGCGGGGGCCUCAGUUCAGCAGCGGCAGGGAGGGUCUACUAACGCGGAUGAGCGGCCUAUAGCAGAGGAGAGCACAUUCGAGACCAAUGGGUCGAAACCUGCAUGGUUUGAGUACAUUCGCAUGUUCUAUCGGACUGAGCUGCAGGCGAGGAAAGGCGUUGCUGCGAAAAGGACUAGAAGAGCAGCUAGAGCGUCAGCAGCAGCUGUUGUCGCGACGGCCUUUACUGCAACGAAACAGCCUGCUGAAAUGCCAGCGUAUGCGUUUCCUGAGAGCAUUGCAGCAGCGCCAGCCACUGCCUCUCCCUUUGCACCUGCUGAGGGGCAACCCUCUGACUCGAGGCAACCCUCUGACUCGAGGCAGCCCCCUGACAACUACCUGCAGUGCCUUCGCAACAAAGUCACCGCUCUUCCCACCGCUACAGGCCCGAUAAUUGACUUCAGACGAAAAUAUGGAGGAAUUGACAACACCCUGCUGCGCCUGCCCGGUAACAACAGGGUUACGCUUGCUGCCGGCGCUACAGCCCCCCUGCCUGCUACAAUUUUCUUGCCUGCUACAACCUCCGUGCCUGCAACAGCCCCUCUGCAUGCUGCAGCCCCCUUUCCUGCUACGUCCCCCCUGCCUGCUACAGAUUUCCAACCAGCAAGUUAUGAGCGCGCAACAGCCCACAGGCAAGGGGCAGCAGCAGCAACAGCAAUGGGUGGUUUGACUGCUGGGGGAGUCUCACUGUGUGGUAGGGCUUCUGAGAUGCAUGAGAGGGAGCAGCGGGAGCGGAAUGAGGGAAGGUCUGCAAGGAGAGGAACGGAGAGAUUCACAAGAGGUAGAAAGGGUUCGAGUGCAGGGGUUUCGGGCGAGGGGUUAGGUGGGAGGUUGGGCGAGAGGUUAGGUGGGAGGUUGGGCGAGAGGUUCGGUGGGAGGUUGGGCGAGAGGUUGGGCGACAGGGUGGGUGAAAUAUUAACUGCAGCCAUGGGUGCGGCUGUGAGAAAUGCGUGUGUUCAGUUUGAUGGGCUCACUCGGGAGUUGCUAGCGGAUGCUUAUUCGAGGUUUGAGGGGCUCACCCAGGAGUUGCUAGCGGAUGCUUACUCGCGGUUUGAGGAGCUUUCACAGCGAUUAGCGGGGGAUGCUUCUGCUCAGUUUGAGGAAUUUGCAACAGAGCUAAUAGCUGAGACUGCGGCGGCUUGCCGAGAUGGAAAGAGGCGCAAGAGGGGGUAA